GUAAGCGGUUCCACUCAUUUUUGUUGGCAUCACUUCCUUGCAAGAUCUCAUCAGGCCAUCCAUCCAUCAAUGCAAACGCGACGACCUCUUGACAUCCAUGAAAGCAAUAGAAUUGAAGCCAUAGGGAUUGAUUGAUCGAUUGAUUGAUUAAUUAGUUAUUGCAAACUCUAGACUACUCUACUGAAGGUAACAUAGACAAUGUGGAGGUUUUCACCUCGACUGAUCAGGUCCUCGAGAUGGACUUCCACCUUUGCUCGGCCAGAAUCUUCCACAACUCGAGCUUUGCCGUCGCUAUCAGUCCUCCUCUCGUCUCACAAGAGCCAUCAUCAGCAGGAUGAGAGUCACAAGUUAUUGGUGUCAUUCCUAGGAAUGGCCAUGGCAUCUUGUGGAAUUAUUCUUGGUUGGAAUACACGACAACCUUGCCUGGAAGAAGCAGCCGACGACGACACCACCACCAAAAUUCUCAAUUGGAGUGGCACGCACAGUGUGCUUGUCCCCAACGACUCGUAUUGGGAACCCGAAUCGAUUGCCGAGGUGGAAGCCAUUGUCCAAAAAUGCCACGCCCAAGGACGGUCCGUACGACCUGUGGGAUCGGCACUCUCUCCCAAUGGCCUGGCGUUUGAGGCACAGGGUAUGAUGAGCAUGGCCCAUUUGGAUUCGGUAGUAAAAGUGGACACGGUCAACCGCACCGUCACGGCUCAAGCCGGGGCUCGUGUCAGUCAAGUCAUUGAAGCACUGCGGCCGCAUAAUCUCACAUUGCCCAAUUUGGCAUCCAUUGCCGAACAACAAAUGGGUGGCUUUGUGCAAGUCGGGGCGCAUGGAACCGGAAAAGCCAUUGCCCCCGUCGAUCAUUACGUGACCAAGCUCAAAAUCGUGACACCCAGUCAAGGCAUGAUCGAAUUGACCUCGCAGGAUGAAGAUGACGAAUUGUUUCAUUUGACCAAAGUCGGAUUGGGAUGUCUGGGAAUUGUGGUGGAAGUCACGAUGCAGUGCAUCCCGGCCCAUGAUUUGGUGGAACAUACAUUUGUAUUGACACGACAACAAGCCCGAGAACAACGCGAUGAAUUGCUAGAAAAACACAAACAUAUGCGCUACAUGUGGAUUCCCUUUGAGGAUGCCGUCGUCGUGGUCACCAAUGAUCCCGAAGAAACACUACCACAGAGUGUUCCACGACAAACGUCGGCACCACUCUCCACGAAACAAUUAUUUCAACCCUUGACCGACUUGCUUUUGACACUGUCCCAAGAAUAUGCUGACAACUCUACUACUACUACGACAACAUACACGAAAGAAACCAUAGAGGGCAUGGGAUUUGGGGAAUUGAGAGACGCACUCUUGGCAUUUGACCCCUUGAAUGUCGACCAUGUCAAACGCGUCAACAAGGCAGAAGCCGAGUUUUGGAGAAACAGUGAAGGAUAUCAGACAAAACCAAGUGAUCAACUGCUGCAAUUUGAUUGUGGAGGGCAGCAAUGGGUCUGGGAAGUCUGUUUUCCCACGGGAUCACAAGAACGCAACAAUGGCAAUGACAUGGAUUUCAUGGAGGAACUAUUGGCAGGAAUUGAACGCGACAACAUUCCCGCACCGGCUCCCAUUGAACAACGAUGGUCGGCCAGCUCCAGCUCGUACAUGUCUCCCGCGUACAGUCGAGAUCCACAAGGGCUACAUUCCUGGGUAGGAAUCAUUCAUUAUUUGCCAUCGGAUGAGGAAUGGCAACGACGGGCCAUUACCGAGUCUUUUACGGGCAAAUACUGUGACUUGAUGCGCAAAAUUGGACAGCAGUACAGUGCUACCAGUCAUUGGGCCAAACUGGAGAUUCCCAAAUCCAUUUUCCAAGUGGCGGACUUGCGAUUGUUUAUGCAAUCUCGCUUUCCCGUGGCAUUGUUCAAUGAAACGCGGGCUCGCAUGGACCCCAAAUCGAUACUCUCCAAUCGGACUGUAGACAUGGCCUUUGGGAAACCAGGCCACAGGCAAUAGCCCAUACUCGUACAUGCAGCUGGCUGUCGAAUGAUGGUGAAUAGACGUGAUGUUCACGUGCCACCAUCACAGCUACUCCAAGUGCUGCAGCUACUAGUACUACUACACACCAGGGUACCGCGUUGGUACAAUUACCUGGUAAUAAAGAACUGGCAAAAUCGUAAAAUCGUUGGGAGCUUUGGCACUUUUAUUAUUAUUUUUACAAAUUGUUUUUACAAGAGUAUGGUUUAGCCAUGGUUUACGGGUUACGGUAGGUCUUUGCACAUUGAUGAGCCAGUGACCAGCAACAUCUUGUGACAACGCAGAAAUGUUACGUAGAAAGGACACUUUUUCAUGUACGCGGAUACACGGGGUUCAGAUCACUCUAAACUUGAAUAUUAGAAUCUACUUGAAUCUCAGAAUCUCCAAUGAGCAGCACUGAUGUUAGCCUUGACACUUGAGAGAGCGCACAAAAAGUAGUCCAGAAGCCUCCAGAUUUGGCUGGCUGCGAGAAAGCAAACUAGCCAGUAGCUAGACUAGCCUCUGAGAAAGACUACCCGGUACUACUAGAGUAGUGGAGUUGACAUGCCAAAUAGCAAGACAUAGCAUUAUUAGAGUCUGACAUCAUGAAAAUGCGUUCCAAAACAAGCAAGGGUAACCUCGCUCAAACUGGCUCUCCCCAACUCCCAACUGAGGGAGCAGGGGUUGACUUUAUUUUUCCUGACUUUGAUUACCAGCCAUUAAUAAACACACA